CUGAGUCUCGUACAAUUUCUGACCAAUAUAAUAUGUAUAACUAAGAUAAUGUAUAAAAAACAAAAUUACUAUAAUUAUCUGUAGUUUACUAUGUCGAAUGGUAUAAAAAUAAUUUGUUAUUAUUAAAGCAAUUAAUAGAGUUAAUAGAAUAAUUAAUUAAUAUCUUCGUGAUAUAUUUGUCUUAAAAUAAAUACAAAAGAUGCAAAGAUUUCGACUUUGCUAUCGCUAUCAUUUUUUUUCUGCGAGAAUUUAUGUAUUUAAUAAAAAGUUUAUGAAUUACAAGCGCAAAUGACUACGUAGAAAUAUAUUUAUCUAGAUGUAUUGUAUAGGUACUCUAUUACCCCGGCUGAAUUUAGACAGUAGUUGAUUACCUUUCUGACAGUUCGAAAGGAAUUUAUUAGAACGUUCUCACAAGAUUGGAAUAAUAUCGAACAGUAUUUUUUUCUUACAAUAUUACUAAUAAUGUAUUCCAUUGUAUAAAAUAAAGUGAACGAGAAGAAAGGUAAAGGUUAGGUGACUCACACUUUUUCCCAAAAUUCUGCUCAACAGUGACCAAGUAUUAAAAAAUGUUACGAGCUUCUAAUCUUCUGAAGGUUCUUCAGAAUAUCAGCCACUACAAUAAAGAAUAUUUAUAUAUGUUUCAAGUGGGACAUGCAAGGAGGCACGCUGGUACUUUAAUAACAUGUAACUAUAAUGCGAAAUACAAGGUGCAAAUUGUUGCGAAUCCUCGAAAGAUUUUUAGUGUAAACAGUGUACAGCAUUCACAAGAAUGGAGAUGGAUCCUUAUUACGGUUUCCAAGCCAAUAUCUAUUAUAGCUAAGGUACAAAAAGAAGAAACGGAAAACUCGAGUAAAAAAACAGAGACUGAUGUACAAACAAUAAUAGAAUUAAAAAAAGAAAAUUUAGGACAGUUAAAAGAAAGGAAGUUAGAUGUUAAAUCUGAUGAUAGCCAAGCUAAAGAAGCUCAACAGAAUGCAAAAACAGAAGUUAAAAAGAAGAAAAUGGAUAAAAUGGUGUCAUCCUUAGAACGUAAUUUUAUUACACCAGUCAGAGCUAUGUCUGAUUUUUUGUUGAAACCAUCUGAUCUUGAAAAUUUACCAAAGACAAAAAGAAGAUCACCUUAUGAAUUUGAACCUCCAAUUACUGUUUACUGGAGAAAAGAUGUGGAAGCUAAUAGUGUUCAAGAUACUGUGUUUACUUUCAGAGCAAUAGAAGUUUGGGGAUCAAGGGAGACUUUAAUGAAAGAACUUCUUAAAAAAGAACUUGAAAAGAAAGCAUACCAACAAAAUAUAUUUACUGUUAAACGAAGAUUAAGAGAUUAUAGACGAGAAAUAGGUAGCAAAGCCCAAGUUUUUGAACAAGAAGGACUUUUUGGGAGAUCUGGUAAAGUAGUUUUAAUUGCCAUUGCAAUCAAUGGUUGUAAUUUUUUAUUUAAACUGUGUGCGUGGUUGUAUACUGGUUCCCACAGUAUGUUUUCAGAGUGUAUACAUUCUGCUGCAGAUACUUGUAAUCAAUUAAUAUUAGCUUAUGGUAUACAUAAAUCAGUACAAACUCCUAAUCCUGAUCAUCCAUAUGGUUAUACAAACAUGAGAUAUGUAUCUUCUUUAAUAUCUGGUGUCGGUAUCUUUUGCGUUGGAACUGGUUUAUCUGUUUAUCAUGGAAUUCACGGUCUUUUACAUCCUUCAACUAUAGAAUCAUUCUAUUGGGCAUAUUUUAUCUUAGCCGGUUCCUUGGUGUCCGAAGGAGCAACCUUGUUAGUAGCAAUACAAUCAAUAAAAAGAGGUGCAGAAGAAAAGCGACAAACAUUUAAAGAAUAUGUAUUAGGAGGUCAAGAUCCGUCCGUAAAUGUUGUGCUCAUGGAAGAUUUCGCAGCGGUACUUGGUCUUGUAUGUGCUGCUGUUUGUAUGGGUUUAACUUCUUUUUUCGGAAACUCGAUGUUUGAUGCCACUGGGUCCCUUUUAGUCGGCGGUUUACUUGGCGCUGUAGCCGGGUUUAUAAUACAUACAAAUGCUGCUGCUUUAAUUGGAAGAAGUAUAUCUCAAGAAGAUCUAGACAGGAUCAAUGCGAAAUUGGAAGCGGAUAUAAUGGUCCGAGCAAUUUAUGAUGUCAAGGGUAUCGAUAUGGGUAAUAAUUUGGUUCGAUACAAAGCUGAAUUAGACUUUGAUGGUAGGGAAUUAACGAGGUCUUAUUUGGAAAAACACGAUCUUGUCCAGAUGUUAAAGGAAAUAACAGGGAUGACAGACAUAAAAGAAUUGGAAGCAUUUAUGUUAAAGCAUGGUGAAGCUAUCGUUGAUAUGCUUGGUGGAGAGAUAGAUAGAAUGGAAUUAAAUCUGAAGAAAAAGCACCCCGAAAUUCGGCACUGUGAUCUGGAAAUCUUAUAAGUGCUUCUAUACAAUAGGAGGAUUAAUAAAUGGCUUACGUUCCGAUGUAAAUAAUGUUUCAUAAUACUUGUGCAAUGUAUCCUAUUUACUAUAUCUUAUUUAUACCUUAUUUAUAUAGACUUAGUAUGCGUAUUAUUCUUUAUACGCUGAAGAAAGAAACAAGCUAAAUAAAUUUAAAUUUCUUAUAUAUAAUUACCUUCUACUUUUCAUUUAUUGGUCUUGCAAUCUCGUCAUACAUAAUGUGCAAAAUAUGCAUGCCACAUAUUGUCUGAAUUAUUGAUUUUUUCCAAGUAUCUCUCGCAGUAUAUUACAAGCGACAACAGACGGUUACUAUGGAUACUUUCCCCUAUUUAUGAAGGAAUUGUCAGGUAUUAGUUUCAGGAAGUGUUUCCAGCGAGGCAGACACGUUCAAGUAUGACGUAUUUUAAUCACGACGUUAGAAAGAUCGAACAUCUUGACGCCAUUGGAAAAUCAGUAAAAUGAACCGAUCGAACGAAAGAGUUUCAAGACGAUGGAGUACUGCGGAAACCUCGCGGAGAAACUAUUCAAGCAGUAGCGAGGAAUCUUCGUCAGUUACCGACAGCACCGAGCAUUCACUACACGUGCAAAACACUAGUACGCCUCUUACAAUUAGACCUAGAUGGUCAAAUUCAGGAGAGAUCAACAGGUCCCGACGAGGGCAGGGAGAUGUCGAGGACACAGAAGUGUCCUCUGACAAAAAGGAAUUGAGAAAAUUUCACAGACAGAAAGAUCGUGCCGACCGUAAGAGAUAUCAGGACAAUCAUGAAAGGCCGAGAGGAGGACACGAUCGACGUGAGAGACAAAGGCACGAUAGGCGUUUUGAAGAUUCUGCGAAUAAAAAGCGGAAGGGAACAUCCAGUUCAGAGUCUUCGGACAGCAAUUAUGGUGAAAGCGACUUUGAACGCUCGAAAAAGAAGAAACGAGGUUUCAUAAUUAAAAACAUGAAUUCUGUCGUUGAAU